GUAGGAUAUGUUAUUGCCUAUUGUGGAUUUACACUCGAUGGUAAUUUGAUUGUGCAAACAAUUUUGUGAAUCAGAACAUUUUGAUAAAUCGUCCGAUAUUGCGAAAGGAUUGAUACACCACAUCCUUCAAAUUAUUAGCCGAACAAUUACAGCCAUCAAAGCAAUCAAAAGUGUUUAAAAACGAUUUUAUUGUCAAUCGUAUUACAAUCAGUCUAUUAUGUAUCGAUAAACUGUUUGACCAGAUACUUUUCUGGCGACGGAAGAACUACUGUGUACUUUACAGUUAUCAAUAUAAAAAAACACACUCGAGAUAAUUCCAGAUGGUGAUAGUGUGUACAAUGGCUAUGAACAACAAAAUUAUGUCGUUUUAUAUAUGUGUGCUUACAGCAAUUUUACUUAACAAUGUAACAAUAUCUUUCGGAGAAAACCAAGACAAUAAAAAGCAUGAGAUUUAUGUUCGAGAUUUGGAAAAUAUAAGAUUGCGAGUCCAAAUCCAAAUCGGUGGAGAUACAAAUGACACUGAAUCGCCAUCACGCAAAGACAACAGAGGAAGAGCAAUAUCGAAGGAUUCUAUAGAAGCCACGAGAUUUAAGCGCCAACAAGAUUCCGUAUUAACGAAUCAUAAUGGACGCGGUCGGGUAAAUAGACAAAGGGGGUCUUCAGAGAGACAGCGUGGACGAAUAAACGGAAAGCAUCGACAUCUGGGAAAUCAUAAAAGAAAACAGGGGAAGGAAGGAGAGGUUUUUAGAGAAAGUCCACAUAGGAGAAAUCGUAUACGUCCGAGGAGGCAAACGGAAAGCCCACGAGGAAUAGAACCAAUACGUUCACGUGGACAAGAUUUGCAACAUUCAAAUGGAAGAACAUCAGAUAGUUUACGACAACUUGAACCAGAACGUAGACAGGAGCCCGAACAAGAACGCCCACGCGAGAGAGAACCAGAACGACCGCGCGAGAGAGAACCCGAACGCCCACGCGAAAGAGAACAAGAGCGUCCACGUGAAACAGAACCCGAACGCCCACGUGAGAGAGAACCAGAGCGUCCACGCGAAAGAGAACCCGAACGCCCACGCGAAAGAGAACAAGAGCGUCCACGUGAAACAGAACCCGAACGCCCACGUGAGAGAGAACCAGAGCGUCCACGCGAAAGAGAACCCGAACGCCCACGCGAAAGAGAACCAGAACGCCCACGUGAAAGAGAACCAGAGCGUCCACGCGAAAGAGAACCCGAACGCCCAAGUGAAAGAGAACCAGAACGCCCACGUGAGAGAGAACCAGAACGCCCACGUGAGCGUGAAUCGGAACGUCCACGCGAAAGAGAACCUGAACGUUCUCGUGAGCGUGAACCAGAACGCGCACGCGCACCUGAACGAGCUGAAGAGGGCGCCAGUCGCGAAGAGGAAUGUGCCCCGCAGAACACUUGUGAUUAUGAACGUUUCAACAACGAGUAUACAGAUUACGGAUACUACGUACAUAGAAACUGUUUCUGCGAUGAUUACUGUGAACUCUUCGGAGAUUGCUGCAGGGACUUCGCUCCAAAAAUUACAGGGAGGUUCACAAAUAUUUCGAGUGAAAUAUUUGAAUGUUCAAUCGUGAGAGAAAUUGUAAAGAAACCCAUUGUUACCGUUAAUAAGUGCCCGUCUCAUUGGAACGAUGAUAGGAUUCGACAAGGUUGUGAAGUAGCUGCCGAUGAAAGCGAAAGAGAUAUAUUUAUGCGAUGGCCUGUCUCAGGACCUCAAUCUGGAUUUCUUUAUCGCAAUGUGUUUUGUAGCGUCUGUAAUGGUGAGAAAAAUCCAACUUUCUGGUUAUCCGAUAUACAAUGCAAUACAUCGGGACCAGAUUAUAGCAACAGCCGUGAUUUGGAUAUACAAAAGACGAUUGAUGAUUCUCUUGAAAGUGGAAUGUGCCGGGUCAGGUUCAACCACCCUACUAUCAAUUACCGCCUUUGUAAACCUCAUAUUUCAACGUGUUCUCCUACAUAUUCAAACGAGCUUUUCAUAAAUCAAUGUCGUGAUUAUGGAACUUCUUUUUCGUAUGCAGACAGCAAGAGAAUUUAUAAGAACAGUUAUUGCGCGUAUUGCAAUAGAGAAAACCCAGCAAAGCUUCACUGUUUAGAUACUGUUAAUAAAUUCGAUACAGAAUUUGUAAAAUGGAAACAUUUGCAGAUUUUCCCAUUUUCAAUCCUUUUAGAUGUAAAUGCCGGAAGUGGUUCCGUGCGCAGUUACGCUGUCAGUGAUGAUGCGAACCAUGAGAUAUCAAGCAAUGAGACGGAAACCAGAAUCAAAACUUGCCCCAAAAGUGAAGUUUUCGAUCCAUUCAUUGGUAGAUGUCGUACUGUUUAUUGUAUGGAUGGUUACAUAUAUAGCAAUGAAUACGGAUCAUGCUUAAGUGAUCCGAAAAAUCGAGUAGCAAGGCCGAACAUUACACUGGAAUGUCCUUUGAUAUUUCUCAACAGUUCUGAGGUAGUGAUUUUUGCCAAUGACAGUGCACGUUCUGUUGUAGAUAGUGCUAUUUACGAAGAAAACGAGUACAUUUUGGGGAAAGAUGGUGGUAUAUUCGUUUGUUCGAACUACAGCCAGAACUAUACAUAUGCGAUGUCUGUAUCUUCAGAUCAUGAUCAGACACUUCAGUUUUCAUUUAUUCAAGCGUUGGUAUCAUUAGUAGGAACUAUCAUAUCACUCAUAGCUCUAGCGAUUCAUUUCACCAUCUAUAUGCUGCUCCCGACACUUAGAAAUCUCCCGGGAAAGAACCUGCUUAGCUUGGUUAGUGCGCUUUUCGUUGCGCAGCUAUUCUUUCUUGUGGGUGUACCACGUUAUGAAAUUUAUGAGUUGUGUGUUUUCUUCGCAGCUUUGAUUCACUACAGCUUCCUCGCUGCGUUCUUUUGGAUGAAUGUCAUGGCGUAUGAUAUAUGGCGGACCUUUUCCCGCCAAGGACUUCCGCCUUCCGGUACGGGCAACAAACGUUUUGCCUUUUAUUCCAUUUAUGCCUGGUUGGCCCCGUUGGUUGUGAUUGCUAUUUCUCUUGGUUUGAACUUCACGGAUGCUGAAUCCCAGUUUAAUCCUCGCUAUGGAGUACCAAUUUGCUGGAUCAACAAGCGCAUGGCUCUCAUUACAUUGUUUGCAGUUCCAAUUGGCGUUAUUCUACUCGGAAAUCUAGUUUUCUUCGGCCUAACCGUCAGAUCAAUAUACUUAGUUGGGCAAACAGCAAAACUAGUGCAAAAGAAGAAAGAAAAGCAAAGAUUCGGAUUGUAUGUUAAGCUCUCGUUCAUCAUGGGUAUGACUUGGUUGUUCGGCUUUAUUGCAGCUAUCGGUAAUGUCGAGCCUCUUUGGUAUGUGUUCAUCAUCUUCAAUACUCUACAAGGCCUCUUUAUCUGCAUCGCAUUCAUAUGCAAUACCAAGGUCUACAAACUACUGGUUGAUAAGUUCUCCUAUUUGAAGGUCAACACUACCGAUCCUAAAGAGACUGACUUCACUAAAAGCACAAUGUCUUCAAAACUGAGAUCAACAUCUCUGUCGACAGACAAUCAUAAAAUAGUACGGAUGAUUUCAAAACCUUGACUUGGUAACACCUGAUGACAGGUGAUCUUUAACCUUUGCAUGUAGUGCAAUCCCCCGUGCAAUCCAUGACCAGUAUUACUCUAUACAGUACACUGCAGCUCGUUAGAGUACAUUACAGUUAGCAUUAUACGAUAUAUUGUAGUUAGUUUAUUAAAAUUGUAUAUCCAUAUAUAGAUGGGAGUACUAAACCAGGUUUCUGUUACUACGCAGAUUGUGUUCUGUUAAACAUACAUAGGUAUAACAAGUGCUAUUUAUUCGAUUCUUUAUUUCUUAAGUCGGUGUUCUUAGUUAUUUUGUGUAUUUGCACACUUCUGUUCCUACACAAAUGUUGCAUCCACUAUAAAUUUAUUCAUGGUAUUAUCAAUUAAAAUAUAUUUUGGGUUUUUAUUUCAGUUUCUUUAAACACAUAUUUCAGUUUUUGCAAUCUUAAUUACGAGUUAUUUGAAAGAGAUUCACGCCUCUGAUACUUUAAUGAAAAGCAGGCUUUGAACAAGUUAUUGAACGGGUGUUGGCGUUGUAAAACAUUUAGAGUGUUAAUUGUGUAAUAGAAAGUGAUAACAAUUAACUACAAUCACCGUUCCCCAACUAGUUAUGUUACCGAACUCGAACUUGUACAGUACAAGCACGUACCUCCAUUUUUUCUCGUAACUAGUUGGGGAACAGUGAAUUUAGCCUACUGAGAAUCAUAGCAGGGUAAAGUGGUCCUAAAGUGGUUGUUAUUGAAUCAAAUUCAUUUUUGCAAAACCAUUUAGUUUUUGCACAAUCAAGCUAAUCCAUAAAUAUUUUUCGUCCGAGAUUUGUUCAAUUAAUUAUUUCACCUGGCCUUGCAUUUUAUUUCAGCUUCACUUUUUAUAUUUUAUAUUGAUGUGCAGUGUAUCAUAUUAAACUUUCUAAAUAUUCAGAUUAUCAGUAUUUCAAUGUCACACGUGAAAAUUUGAAACCCUUGACCAUCGAGUAUUGGACGAGUCGUUUGUGACUUAUGACGUAUACGUAUGAUUAUGUCAUUGCAGUGUAAAUAUGAAAUAUGUACCAUUUAAUAAAAUUCAUAAUAACAUGCAAAUAUUUUAUUUUUAAUCUGUAAAAAGUAUGUGUUGUCUACUACAAGUAAUCUAGCCUUAAUAAGAAACAUUUUGUCGUAAAUGACGCAAUUAGCAAAUCACAAAAUUACAGUGUCUUGGCGAACAUUGGCUGAAGACCCGGAUGAAAGUAGUCCUGUGUCAGUUUCAUGUCCCUCCGCGGCAUGAUAAGCCCCAUCAUCGCGCUUUUCAAUUUCUACUCGAUAAUCAACAUCUCUGUCUAUUCCGGGAAUUAUGUGUGUUUUAUCCUCGAAAGUAGGAUACCGUUUAAGGUACAUUGUAAGGUUUAUAACGGCGGCUAGCUCUGCACAAACGAAUGAACCUCCCGCAAAAUAAAAGCACCAGCCAUAUUGGUAGUUCACGAACUUGUGUUGGUGGUGUUCGCCAUUUGCUGGUUUCUUUAGAUGGGCGACCUCGUCGUUAAUGGAAGAUAUGUAAACGAUGUUCGAGGCUGCAAGAAUAAGCCCU